UACGGUUGAGACUGAGACAUGCUCGUAUGUUUUUCAGUUAUAUAUAUCUCUAAAGACCUCUUCAAGCAAUCUGUUGUUGUGGUUUGUAAUGACAGGGUUGUUCGCUAAAGUUAACCAAAUUUGUUUAAUUGUUUAUCCUAUUUUAGUAACUUGAAUGUAUUAACAUGAAGUGGUACUUUAAAAGCACUUUCUGCAGCCGUGCAACUCAUGUUGUGUCCCAUUUUGACUAAUUUUAAUAUGCUCUGAAAGUAUUCGUUAUUUUUGUUAUGAAAUAGUAUAUGUUUUGGUGUAUAGCAAAGCAGUAUAUACACGCAGAUCAAUUAUUAAUUCUUGGUUAGAUAUUUAGAUGACAUACUACGGUUUGAGCCAUACUAAUAUUAUUUGACUAUUUCGGACAGGUAACAUUAGUAAAAUCAAAUAAUGGUGAUAACACAAGACAGACACGCGCACACACAGGUUCAAACACACCCACAUACAAAACACAGACUCAACUCCAGACACAAAAAAUGCAAACAUACUAACACACACGGACGCGCACACACACAGUGCUUAUCACAGAGAAGCACACAUUUAAGAUAAAGGAGAAACACAGGUCAAAUAUCAAACAGACUAUACAUUACUAUUUGUAAUAAUAAAUAAGUUAAAGGCGGGGUUUCAGAUUUCUCAUAGACGUUGUUGAUGUUCAAAUCACCAUACAGACACACCCCUACCCUCAUCUUUUGCUUUCGUCAGUGCUCGGCUGGACUAAUGUCUAUCCUGUGCACUGUGCACCUUACUGCUGGUUGGCUACAAGGUUGUUUUGAUACUUGGUGUGUUCUGAUGUGAUUGUUUUAUUAUUCUGAGCAUUUUUAAUCGGGCACCUCAGAAGAGACCUGGGGCCCUAAUCAGAAAGGAGGUUUAAUGAAAACUCUGAGUAUAUAAACCCUGAAAUGAGGGAAACUCUGUUUUUUCCGUUUCAUACUGCUAGGUAUGUCAAACCCGGGAAAGCACUUAUAAACUCAAGCCCGUUUCUUAAAGAUAGCUAACUCAGAGACAGUAGGCAUAGUAUCUUACUCUGUGAACCUAACCUAGUCGGGAGCAGGUUUAAUUUGGUAAACCCAGAGUUUCUCCAGAGUUUCUCCAGAGUUUCUCCAGAGUUAUCUCCUCCCCCUUUUUUAAGCCCAAAUGGUGUAACUCAUUCAUUCAUUAAUAAAGUCAUUCAUGGCACACAUUAUGAUCAGGCAGAGACCAUCUCAGUGACUAAAUUGUAAUUUCUGUUUUUAUAGAGGAUCCUGUAUGUGAAGAGACUGCAUUAAUUCGUAGGGAUGUACUUUGCUUUCAGGGGAGAAAUUUAGGACCCGAGGGGAAUUUGGUCAAUUCCCGUUCAUUUUUAUUAAAACUGUACCAUUUUUCUUUACAGUGAAUUAGAUGCAUCAAAAUAUGUCUCAUUCCCCCUUACAUCAAUAACAGCAGCCAUCGUAUCCAUGAAUUACAUCAGAACAUUCUUUCCCGUACAUGUUCUCACAAAUGGUAGUUUUCUAUGGAGGAUAAGAAAUUACUAAAUAAAGUGUAUAAAUAAAGUGCAUGAAUAAAGAUAUUAAUCAAAACAGACGAAUAAUAACAAAUUAUUUAGAUGUGCAGCCAUUCCUACCCCAAACUGCUCCAAGCAGGGUUCGAGCCGUCGAUCUGUUUGACUUUCUGUACAGCACUGUAGUCCGUUUAUUUUGUCUUUAGUGUGUGCUGUAUAAAUACUCUUAAAAUUGGAAACUACUGCGCUCAAGUGAGUGUGCGCAUUUGUAAGUUUCAUUAUGGUAAUAUCAGGUCAGCAGAAGAGUAUGCGGCAUUAUCACCGUGUUUACGGUAAUAUCAGCAACAACAGAGAAGCUGCGCUAACAACGCGAAUUGGUUUCCACUGUAAUGUCUGAGUUAUAUCUAUCUUUAAAGACCUCUUCAAGCCAUCUGUAGAUGUGAAUUAGAACAACGAGGUCGGUCGCUACUGUCUGUUCCACCUCACAGUGAUGUUCAGUGACGACAUGAAUGAAGUUGAGGAGAAACAUCAGUGUCGGAAACCUCAGAAUCUUGUCAAGCUGGAAAUGUCUUCUAGCAGUUUGCAGAAGAUCAAGAUUUCCUCUCCAAAAAGAAGGGAAAGGACAGAAGCAGGCGAGCCUAUCACCUGCUCUCAGUGUGGAAAGAGUUGCAAACAGAAAAGUCAUCUUAAGGAGCACAUGAAAACCCACAGUGUAGAGCGUCCAUACACGUGUCCUCAGUGUGAAAAGAGUUUCAAACAGAAAUCAAUGCUUGAGGAGCACAUAAGAACUCACACUGGAGAGCGACCAUACGCAUGUUCUCAGUGUGGAACGUGUUUCAAUCGCAAGGCAACGUUGGAUGAGCACAUUAGAACUCACACUGGAGAGCGACCAUACACAUGUACUCAGUGUGGAAAGAGUUUUAAACAGAGAUCAACGUUCGAUAAGCACAUGAAAAUUCACUCCGAGGAGCGCAGAUACCCAUGUCCUCAGUGUGGAAAGAGAUUUAAACAGAGAUCAACGCUUGAUGUGCACAUGAAUAUUCACACUGAGGAGCGCAGAUACGCGUGUCCUCAGUGUGGAAAGAGUUUCACACAGAAACAUUAUCUGGAGGAGCACAUUAGAAUUCACACUGGAGAGCGCCGAUACUCGUGUCAUCAGUGUGGAAAGAGUUUCACACAGCAGAAUCAUCUUAAGGUGCACAUUAGAAUUCACACUGGAGAGCGACCGCACACUUGUCCUCAGUGUGGAAAGAGUUUCACACACAAAACGACCCUUGAUGAGCACAUGACCAUUCACAGUCAACAGCGUCCUCACUCAUGUCUUCAGUGUGGAAAGAGUUUUAAAGAGAGAUCAACCCUUGAGGUCCACAUGAGAAUUCACAGUGAAGAGCGUCCAUAUGCAUGUCCUCAGUGUGAAAAGAGAUUUAUGCAGAAAUCAACGUUUAAGGUUCACAUCAGAAUUCACAGUGAAGAGCGCCCAUACGUAUGUACUCAGUGUGGAAAGAGUUUCAGACAGAAAAAUCAUCUUAAUGUCCACAUCAGAGUUCACACUGGAGAGCGUCCUUACACAUGUCCUCAGUGUGGAAAGAGUUUUAAACAGAAAACACGUCUGGAGUUGCACAAGAAAAUUCACACCAGAGAGCGUCCAUGAACAUGUCUUCACCAUAAAAUGUAGAUUUGCUCUUAAAGGAACACUUCAGUUGAAAAAUUAAAUUGGCCUACAUUUUACUCACUUUCACAGUGGAAUUUGAAAGUAUCAUUUACAUUUUCUUUGUUUCAUAUUCUUGUGGUGUUUGCUGUCUUCUGAUGAGCUCCGUAUGUUAUUAGACAAUAAAGUCAGCAAAAGGUCAAUAAAUAUGAUUAUCAUCAAACUAUAAGGUGUUGACAAAGACUGAUUAUCUUCCUAAAACUAAUUUACUUCUGGACUUUCUUCCAUUUAUUUACAUUGAUUAUAUGUUGAGUUCUAGACUGUUAUAUUUGACUGCCCUCAUAAUGUCUUCUUUCAGGUACAUCAUACAUACACGUACAUCAUUUAGUUUGUCUUGUGGUGUUCAGUGUUACUGCUACUAUCGGGUGUUUGUCUGGUUUAGUCGUCAUAUCAGAUCAUUAGGCAGAUCAUUAGUCGUGACAUCAAUAAUCUUCACAGACUUCAGACCAUUAACACUUCAUAUAUUUUUAAUGGGGUAGUUCAUCUUCAAAAAGAAAAUUCUGUCAUCAUUUAUACACCAUAUUGUCAUUUCAAACCUGUAUGCCUUUGUUGUGAAGAACACAAAAUAAGUUUUGUGUGUUUUACAGGAGUAUAUUGUCAUUGUGAAUGGAGCUAUAUGAGCUAUUGGCAUUACAUUGUUCCACAAGCCCA